AUGGACGAAGCAUUUCAAAGAAUGUUCCUUCAAAUGAUGUUUAAUCAACAACCUCCUAGAAGAAGCAGGCAAGAGAUAAUUUCUAAACACAAAAAAGCUUUAAAAGAUGUGAUUGAAACAAGAAACAAUAGUUUUACCUUUCAAACAACUCAAGGUGGACCCGCUAUCAGAGGAGGGACUAGACAUUCUAAAAAUAUCCCACUUAAACCAAGGAAUCGAAUCUCGAUUAAUGACAUGCAAAUUGAUAAUGUACAUACUGGUCGUUUCUUAUUGUGUCGCGUAAUUGAAAAAUGUUACAAACUUACAGCCCUUUCAACUAUUGUUGAAGAUCCUGAAGGUGAUGUUGAACGUCUUUCUUUGUAUAACUGGGUCCCACAAUCUGCAGGACUUAUUUCUGUUGAUCAAGCUUCCAGAUAUUUGACGGUUGGAACUAUUUUAAUUGUGAAGAAUCCUUUUUAUAAAACCGCUGCGGAUAUUUUACCCAUGAUUCGGUCAGACGAUCCUUCAGAAAUUAUAAUGGUUAAUCAUAAUAGUGAGUUGCUUAAAGAUAUCAGAUGGACCACUGAUCAAAUACAAGAAUUACUAGUUGAACCAGAAGAACAAAAAAUAUUUAAAUCUGAGGAUUUUCAACGUCGUGGAAAUGAAAAUUUCAAGGAAAGAAAUUAUAAGCUUGCAAUUGAUGAGUAUUCACGUGGAAUCGAUUUGGAACCUAAUAAUGUUAUCUUGCUCACAAAUAGAGCUCAAUCAUAUUUAAGAUUGUGCCUAUUUGCAAAGGCUCUCGAUGAUUCAGUGCUUGCCUUAGAACAUAAUUCGGAUCAUCAAAAAGCAAAAUUUUGUAAGGGCAAAGCGCUUUGUGGUCUUAAAAGAUAUCAAGAAGCGAUUUUAAUUUUCCAAGAAUUGUUGAAAACAGACGAUGCCCUAAAUAAAAAUUCAUUCGAGGAAGCUAUAAAACGUGCUCGAAUGUUGGAGUUAGAGAGUAAGGGUAUUUAUGAUUACAUCAGCAUCAUUGAAGAGUUUAAGAAAAAUGUCCAAGUACAAAGUGACGGAAAGUGGAUUUGCCCAAAUGGACCGAGAUUAGACCACGCGGAUUAUAUUUCAGACAAAAUUGAAGUUCGUCCGAUUAAAAAUAAAGGCAGAGGAUGGGUUGCGAAACAAGAUAUUCCGUCUCAUUCUCUAUUAAUGGUCAGCAAAGCAUUUCACGUCGUGUAUGAAAAUGAGGUUCCACCAGGACUUAGUUUUAAUUGGGUUAAUAGAAGUAUUAAUACACCGGCCCAAUCAGAGUUAAUCACAUUUAUAACUCAAAAAAUUACGGCAGAUCCAAAUCUUGGACGAGAACUUUAUAAACUUUACGCUGGUUCCAAUUAUCGAUCUGAAAAUGAACUUGAAGAUCAAGAAGCCCUAUCCGUGAAUGUAGAUAGGAUUGAAAAUAUAGUAAAAUAUAAUGCUUUUAAUCCUGAUGAUUUGUGGAGUUUAUCGAAAAAGCCAGAAAGUAGUAAAGGGGCUGGCCUUUGGAUUUUACCAUCAUAUUUUAAUCACACGUGCCUCGACUUUAAUACUGAUAGAAUUUUUUGGGGAGAUUUAAUGUUCGUUCGAACUAUCUGUCCGAUUAAAAAAGGUGAGGAAUUAACAUUUAGCUACGUUGACCCGAUGUUAGCCGGUGAAGAAAGAUUGAGGUCACUUAAAUCAUUCGGCAUCACUUGCCAAUGCCGCCUUUGUAAGAUUGAUCGAGCCGAAUCACCACAAAUCACUCAGAAAUGGAAACAACUUGAUGAGAAAUUCAAUCAAACUAUAAAACCCAGAGCAUCAAAAAUGUUGAAAGGUUCCAGAGCUGAUCCUUCCCUCAUUCAUGAAUUGGAAAAAUUAGUUUCCGAUCUUAACGAACUUCGAUACAAUAACCCAUCCCUUAAUUUUCAUUUUUUCGAUCCAAAAUCAGUACUUGCUUUUGCCUAUGGGAAAAACGGUGACUCACGCAAGUCCCUUAACAUUAUGCAUGAAUUGUAUGACCUUGUAAGACCAUAUAAUUUGUUGCAUUAUUCAAAUAAAUGUGCUUUUCAGAUGGCACAUCGACACGCUGAAUUGGGGCAAACUAAAAAAGCACAAAAGUGGUAUAAUAGCGCAUUGAGACAGUUAGUUGAGCCGGUUAGGGGUAAAUAUAAGGAGGAUGAAACUAAUUGGAAAGAAGAGGCAUUGCGUAUUGCUAAAAUAUUGGAACCUGAACUUAUUAUAUUAAUUUAG